CGUUUGCGAACGUAAUACUGGCUGCAUUGCCUAAUGGCCCCAAGCUAUUUUAUGUAGUUGUGAGGAAGCAAGACAGUGUUGGAGCUGGAGACGGUGGGCAGAGGGUGGCACAUGGUAGUUCAAUGAUAUUUUUUCACACCAGACCAGCGUGACGCAAAUGAGGUCUACUCACCGAAACAUAUCGCGCAGCGCUGACAACAGGAGUUAACAUGGUUUAACAAAUCUCCUUAUCGCUUUAUUCUGUGAAACUCCUUGACAUCUUUAAAUUGAAGCAGGUGAGCUGAACAUGACCAGAUACUGCCAUAGAUGAGUUUAAAUGUCCCUGAUGAAACAGAAGAAUGACACUCUGAUGUCGGAGAAGUCGAAUCCAGCGGAGAAGAUGAAGGAGCAGAAUGCUUGCCGUCGGCGGUUCUCUCUGUGUCCGACUGUGUCCUCUCCGCAGAAGGUGGACCCACGUGGCCUCUCGCGAAACCUCUCAGACGGAGACCAUCACAUCUACCCUCUCAGUCCAGGCAGUGAAACGGAGAAGGAUGGCACAGCAAACCUCAAGAAUAACGUCAGUCCUGCGAUGUCCCCCUCAAAUAAGUCUGAAACAAAGGUUUUCAAUGGCCAUGAGAAAGAAUGCUCUAGUCCCGUGGAAAAACUGGAUCGAAAGGAGUCUCUUAAGGUCCAAAAAAAGAAUUAUCGUCAGGAGAAAAAGCGGGCAGCAAAGGAGCUUUUUAGUGCUUUGAAGGACCCCACUGUUGUCAUCAUGUCCAACUGGUUAAAGAUCCGCGGGACCUUGAAGAGCUGGACCAAGCUGUUCUGCGUGUUGAAGCCUGGCGUGCUUCUCAUUUACAAGUCCCCUAAGGUGGACCACUGGGUAGGCACCAUCCUCCUCAACGCCUGCAAGCUCAUCGAGAGGCCCUCCAAGAAGGACGGCUUCUGCUUCAAACUGUACCACCCGCUGGACCAGUCCAUCUGGGCUGUGAAGGGUCCUAAAGGAGAGAAUGUGGGCUCCAUCACACAGCCUCUGCCCAGCAGCCACCUGAUAUUCAGGGCCGCGUCGGGGUCAGAUGGGCGUUGCUGGAUGGACGCUCUGGAGCUGGCCCUGAGCUGCUCCAGCCUGUACAAGCUGACCGGUAAGGCUGGACGCGACGGCGAGCUGAGCAGCUCCUCCGAGUCCUCGCACAUCCUCAACCUGCACGGCUCUCCGCUGUCCGUCCAGGACCUGCAACUCCUACAUGACUCCAUGCUGGUGAAUAACCACAUGGAGAUAGAUGCCUGCUCCGACAAAUCAGAGAGGGAGGUUCACGAGGAGUCAGACAAUGGGGCCAAUGAGAACGGAGACAGACUGAGUGAGGAGAGUGACAUGGACCAAUCAGAUGACCUGUCCCCUGCCAUCAAGGCCACCUGCUACAUGGAGCAGAGUCAAGAGGAGAUUGCUGAGGCAGGGGAGGCGUCACAAACAGAGACGGUUUCGGAGGAGAAUAAAGGUCUGAUGUGGACCCUGCUGAAGCAGCUUCGCCCUGGCAUGGACCUCUCCAAGGUGGUGCUGCCCACCUUCAUCCUGGAGCCGCGCUCGUUCCUGGACAAGCUCUCCGACUACUAUUACCAUGCCAACUUCCUAUCAGAGGCAGUUAGAGAGGAGAGUGCCUAUGGACGCAUUAAAAAGGUGUUGCGAUGGUACCUCUCCGGGUUUUACAAGAAACCCAAGGGACUGAAGAAACCGUACAAUCCCAUUCUGGGAGAGACGUUUCGCUGCUGCUGGCCCCACCCGGACACAGACAGUUGCACGUUUUAUAUCGCAGAGCAGGUGUCUCAUCACCCUCCCAUUUCGGCUUUUUAUGUGAGCAACAAAAAGGAUGGCUUCUGUAUAAGCGGAAGCAUUCUUGCAAAAUCAAAAUUUUAUGGUAACUCGUUGUCGGCUGUACUAGAGGGCAAAGCCAAGCUGCUGUUCCUAAACCGCGAUGAGGAGUAUGUUGUAACGAUGCCAUAUGCCCACUGUAAAGGCAUUUUAUAUGGUACAAUGACUUUGGAGCUUGGAGGCAGAGUAACAAUUGAAUGUGAAAAGACUAAGUGUAUAGCACACCUGGAAUUUAAACUUAAGCCUUUUCUUGGUACUUCUGGCCAAGUAAACCAGAUAUCAGGGAAAAUUCUCCAGGAUGAAGAAGUUCUGGCCACUGUUGAUGGUCACUGGGACAGAGAGGUGUACCUGAUGGACAGGAGGUCUGGUCAGAGGGAUCUGCUGUGGAGUCCCACCCCAGAGGUGCGCAAGCAGAGGCUCAGGAGACAAGUAGUCCAGCCAGAGCAGCAGGAGCAGUUUGAGUCAGAGAGGCUGUGGAAGAAUGUGACCAGCGCCAUCAUAGCCCAGGACCAGAACCGGGCCACCCAGGAGAAGUUCCUGCUGGAGGAGGCCCAGCGGCAGGAGGCGCGGGAGCGCGGUCAGCUGCCCUGGACACCCCGACUCUUCACCCUGGACCCCAUCACCGACGAGUGGAGCUACAAACACGCCGACUCCAAGCCCUGGGACCCAGCCAGCAGCCUGAAGCAGUUUGAGAAGGGUGGGGUCAUCCAGAUCAGGGAGAGAGAGCAGCCCCAGAUGCGACUCAACGGCCUCUCCUACAGCCAGAACUGGGCAGCGCAACAGCAGAAGGCCAAAGCCCAAGGCAAACACAGGAAGUCCAGCAGGCAGCCGUCCAGCUGUAGUCAGAACACGGAGAGCAGCAGCACCUCAGAGCCGCUGCACGAGUCCUCAGACAAUGAGGGCCAGGCAGCCCAGUGCCCUCGCUGUGCCCAGGAGACUCUAGAUUUUGCUGAAAUGGAAGCCUCCAUCGCGUCCAUACAAAAGAUGCAGCAAGAUAUUCAAAGGAACCUGUGUGUGCUGAGCCAGCAGAUGCUGGUGUGCAGCCAAUCGGACGAGGGCGUGAUGCUGGGCGGCCGGAGCUGCCUCAUCCUCUGUGUGCUGCUGCUGCUCCAGCUCUUCAUCAACUACGUGUCUACAUGAGGCCGCACGCCCCCACACCUCCAGCAGCAAUAAACCGCCACCUCACCUCCACCCACCUCCUCCACACAAUACUCCGAGAUCUGUACUCACACUCAGGCACAAAGCACUUUGGACAAAGAGAUAGAUAGAUAGAGAGAUAGAGAAAGAGAGAGAGAGAGAGAGAGAGAGAGAGAGAGAGAGAGAGAAAGACAGUGGUUGAAAUCAUGGAAUGAAUGAGAAAUAGAAAAUCAAAUUAGGCAGAGUUGUACAUGUGAAGAACAACAGACAAAUAUAAAUAUUUUAAUAGCGUGCUAGGAAUAUUUGAUGUUCUUUCACGGCUAUUUGUGGAUGUGCACUUUUAUAGGCCUUGCAAUACUAUUUCAGUUGUUCUUCUUUUCGUUUGAUUAUUUCAACGCCCCGUGGGGUAUUCUCCUUCCAGUUUGAACUUUGGGCCUUAAUGCUAAAGCCAAAUAAGGGGGAAGAAAUCAUACACCGGAGAACAAAAUCUAACAUUGAUUGUGCAGUUCUUGUUUUUUGAUAAAUGUUUGGUAAUACAAUGUUUUGUUUUGAUAAUUUACCAAACAGUAUUUAUUGUCUUUCAUGGAAAGAGUUUACGUUUACAAGUAAGAUUCUUCGAAAAAACCACAAAGCCAUUAUGACUUGUCAGUAGUAGAGCUUAAGUUAACAUUUCACUGUACGCUGUGAUGAAUCUGUUUGCUUCAUGCCAUGACACUGUAAUAAGCAUGCCUAAAGACUGUAAUUGCCUUAUCAAAUUUAACAAAUGGUUUAAUGAGACACAUAACCAUAAAAGGGGAAAGCGAUUACUUAAUGGAAUAAGAUGUCUCCUUACAAAUCAAUGCUUGUUAAACAUGGUUAUGACUGAUGUUGUAACAGAGUCUGGUCUAUUUUUGUCAGACAGAUUCACAAAUAUGUCCAUUGUGAAACAUGUAGCUCGGACAAGGCAUCUUAUUGAGAUUCACAGGAUGUGUGAAGGAGACUGGCUUAACACAGUGGGACUUUUGAAAUGCCAUGUGAUGAUAAAUGAGAUGUUUCAGGGAGGACCACAGUUUUUUUCCACACAUUUUACUUGUGUUGCUUUAAGGAAUGAAAUGUGUAAUAACCAAAUACCAGUUGAAUGAAUUAGCUGAAUGAAAAUGUA